CUGCUCGCGUCCUCCGGGUGCCCAGCCCCGCGCGCUGAGGCUCCGGUCUAUAAAUAGCAGGUUACAGCUCCUGCUCGGCGCGCACACGCUCACACGCGAACGCAGGAAAGUCAGGCUAAAAGUGUCUGCUGCUGCCGCUGCCGCCCCCCACUCCGCCUCCGGGAGAGACCUGAACACAGGACUGCUGGGCCUGUGACAUCCAUGACGCGUAACAGUCAAGCUUGCAUUUAGUGGGUGCUCACUACCUGCCAGACUGUGUCCUCUCUACAAUUCUAUGAGAACUCAAAGAAAUGGUGUUACCUGGCAAUAGAUCUGCUGUCUUUUAUGAAAAAUCAGGCCAAGGAAUCAAGAUCUUCUGCUGAGUGAGACGGUAUAUGUUAGGUGGGUGCUCGAGGAUAACAUUGAAGUUUGGCGUUGUCAUUGGGUGGAGGAGCUGAUCCAAGAGCUCUGAAAGCAGCAAAGCAAUAAUCAAAAAGCAGAGCUGUUUGAGGAAUACAACAAUAAAGCAGAUACAAGAAAUUUCAGAGUGGGAUAUCAGGUCUUUAGUGUGAAGAUACAUCUAUAUUAAACCAGGAAUCAUUGGCACUGACAUUUCAGCACGAAAACUUGAAAGACUGAACAAUUGUGAAGGUUGAUCAUGGAAAUCAAAGAGGAAGGAGCAUCAGAAGAAGGCCAGCACUUUCUUCCCACACCGGCAAAUGAUACGGGGGACUUUCAGUUCACAAGUAUUCAGAAGACUCCAAAUGAACCACAGUUGGAAUUCAUCCUUGCAUGCAAGGAUCUUGUGGCUCCCGUCCGUGAUCGGAAGCUGAAUACUCUGGUGCAGAUCUCAGUAAUCCACCCCGCGGAGCAGAGUCUGACAAGAUACUCGAGCACGGAAAUUGUGGAGGGAACAAGAGACCCACUGUUUCUGACUGGUGUCACAUUCCCAUCUGACUAUCCCAUCUAUGAGGAGACCAAAAUAAAGCUAACAGUCUAUGAUGUCAAGGAUAAGUCUCAAGACACUGUUCGAACCAGUGUCCUCCUUGAACAUAAGGAUCCCCUGCCAGAGGUUGGGCGAAGUUUCCUGGGCUAUGCCAGUUUUAAAGUGGGGGAGCUGUUGAAGUCAAAGGAGCAGCUGCUAGCCCUGAGCCUGAGAACUUCAGAUGGUGGCAAAGUUGUUGGCACCAUAGAAGUCAGUCUCGUGAAGAUGGGGGAGAUUGAGGAUGGGGAAGCCGACCACAUCACGACAGAUGUGCAGGGACAAAAGUGUGCACUGGUAUGUGAAUGUACAGCCCCAGAAAGUGUGAGCGGAAAAGAUAACUUACCUUUUUUGAAUGCAGUGUUGAAGAACCCAGUGUGUAAAUUAUAUAGAUUUCCCACAUCUGACAAUAAGUGGAUGCGAAUCCGCGAGCAGAUGUCAGAGAGCAUACUUUCUUUUCAUAUUCCUAAGGAAUUGAUCUCUCUUCACAUAAAAGAAGAUUUGUGUAGAAACCAGGAGCUAAAAGAACUUGGUGAGCUUUCUCCCCACUGGGACAAUCUACGGAAAAAUGUCCUUACUCACUGUGAUCAAAUGGUGAAUAUGUACCAAGGAAUUCUGAAAGAACUUAGCAAGGAAACAGGGUCCUCUUUCAAAUCCAGCAGCAGCAAAGGAGAGAGAACAUUGGAAUUUGUUCCAGUAAAUCUACAUCUGCAAAGAAUGCACGUACACAGCCCUCACUUGAAAGAUGCUCUCUACGAUGUCAUCACUGUGGGAGCCCCAGCUGCCCAUUUUCAGGGAUUUAAGAAUGGUGGUCUUCGGAAACUACUCCAUAGAUUUGAAAUGGAAAGAAGAAAUACUGAGUACCAGUUUAUUUACUAUUCACCUGAAAACACAGCCAAAGCAAAAGAAGUUCUCAGCAACAUCAAUCAGCUACAGCCUCUGAUAGCAACCUAUGCAGACCUACUGCUUAAUUCUGCAAGCCAGCAUUCUCCAGACAGCUUGAAGAAUUCUUUAAAGAUGCUUUCAGAAAAAACAGAGCUUUUUGUACAUGCCUUCAAGGAUCAGCUGGUCAGAAGUGCUCUUUUAGCGCUUUACACUGCCCGGCCAGGAGGCAUCCUUAAGAAACCACCCUCCCCUAAGAACAGCACAGAGGAGAGCAGUCCCCAGGACCCACCCCCACCGAUGAAGAGGCAGGACUCCAUACCUCAUCAUUCAGACUAUGAUGAGGAAGAGUGGGAUAGGGUGUGGGCCAAUGUGGGGAAGAGCCUGAACUGCAUUAUUGCCAUGGUGGAUAAACUGAUUGAAAGAGAUGGUGGCAGUGGCGGCAGCAGCAGCAGCAAAAAUGAAGAAAAGGACCCGUCUCUAGUGGACUCCAUCAUAACUCAUCCAAGGGAGGACUGGUAUGAACAGUUGUAUCCCCUCAUCCUUACCCUGAAGGACUGCAUGGGAGAAGUGGUGAACCGAGCCAAGCAGUCCCUGACGUUUGUGCUCCUUCAGGAACUUGCGUACAGCUUGCCCCAGUGUUUGAUGCUGACUCUGAGAAGAGACAUUGUCUUCAGCCAAGCGCUUGCUGGAUUGGUUUGUGGUUUUAUCAUCAAAUUACACACAAGUUUACAUGAUCCUGGCUUCCUACAGCAGCUUCACACAGUGGGACUAGUAGUGCAAUAUGAAGGACUGCUAAGUACAUACAGUGAUGAGAUUGGAAUGCUGGAGGACAUGGCCGUUGGCAUUUCAGAUUUGAAGAAAGUCACAUUUAAAAUAACUGAAGCCAAAUCCAAUGAUGUCUUGCCAGUUAUAACAGGAAGGCGUGAACAUUAUGUGGUGGAGGUAAAGCUUCCAGCGAGAAUGUUUGAGUCUCUGCCUCUCCAGAUUAAAGAAGGACAAUUGCUUCAUGUGUAUCCGGUACUUUUUAACGUUGGAAUCAAUGAGCAGCAAACUCUCGCUGAGAGAUUUGGAGAUGUCUCUUUGCAAGAAAGUAUUAAUCAGGAAAAUUUUGAACUUCUCAAAGAAUAUUACACGAUAUUUAUGGAAAAGAUGCCUCCUGAUUACAUUUCACAUUUUCAAGAACAAAAUGAUUUAAAAGGAUUACUAGAAAAUCUCCAUCAAAAUAUCCAAGCCAAAAAAAGAAAGAAUGUAGAAAUCAUGUGGCUGGCUGCAACAAUUUGUCGCAAACUAAAUGGUAUCCGUUUCACCUGUUGUAAAAGUGCCAAAGACAGGACGUCGAUGUCAGUGACGCUUGAACAGUGCUCAAUCUUGAGGGACGAGCACCAGUUGCACAAGGACUUCUUUAUCCGAGCACUGGAUUGCAUGAGAAGAGAAGGAUGCCGCAUAGAGAAUGUACUGAAGAAUAUCAAAUGCAGAAAGUAUGCUUUCAACAUGCUACAGCUGAUGGCUUUCCCCAAGUACUACAGACCUCCAGAGGGGACUUACGGAAAAGCUGACACCUAAGUUUACCAACAUGUAAAUAAACAGGAACACAAAUACGCUCCAGUUGGAUAAUCUCCACCUUUUUAUUUUUUUUUACUGUCAUAAAUUUGUGGAGGGAGGUGAUCAGGAAUGUGUGCCCCAAUCUAGAAAUUACUGAAUUAGUUAUCAGUAUAUUUUUCUGAAAGAAACCCAUUUAAAAUAAUUCUAAAAUAAUACUGUGUUUCUAGUUCUAAGCUUCUCUGUAUGGACCCCCGCUGGUUGAGAUCAGCUCAGAAAGUGUAAAUUUCAUUCAUUAAGUAUUUUAAGGAAAGACAUCCUGAGAAAACACAGGUUGCUACAAGAGGACUAGAGGUGAUUCAGAGAGUGACACUCUCCCUCCGAAAUGAAGAUAGGAGAGUGUAAAGGGCAGAGAGACUUGGAGAUAUUAUUUCACAGCCUUUCUCACACAUAACCUUAGAGCCCAUCUGUGGGAUUUAAAAAGUAUUUUUCUAGUGGACUGAAAUUAGGUAGAGUUAACUCAUGAUCUUGACUAUGGAACGAUUUACAAGUGUGCUUGUAAAGACUUGUGUCAUCCAACAGAGGUGUAACUUCUCCUCCUAAACAGGCAGAUGAACAGUAAAGUUACUUUUCAAAAACAUGGUAUCUUUUCAAAACUCUGACUUGGGUUGUAUGGCCCAGUUGUAGAAGUGGCAAUAGAAAAAGUUGAAUGGUAUAAUAGGCAAAACAUUGCGAGGGACUGAAACUGCAAGGAAAUUAAAGAUGAUCAGCCUGUUGAUGCCCAGGAUAAAAAUUCUAUCAGUCUGAACUUUAUGUAGUCAAGUUCAUGAAAGUCAGUAAAAUAGCUUUGAGAUGUUUUCUAUCAGUCAUCUUGGCACAGAAUAUAGAGAGUGUAAGUAUGCAUUGUCUGGUGUAGAUUAGUGUAUGUGAAGAAACAUUUUAAAACAUGUGCAACCACAACUAAUGAUAAACCAAAACAGUUACUUCUGUUAACCUGAAUUUCCAGUUUGUCCUUACUCAAUAAAAUAACCCCAUAAGCUUUCUAAAAUUCCAGAUUAGAGGUUAACUUAGGCAUCAUCUUGUAUAACACCAUUAUAAAUGGGUAAAUAAGGCACAAAGGAAAAUAUGCCCCUAACCUCCCAGCGAGAUAAUUUUAGAAUUGUGGUUACAAUCUCUUCUUACCUUCCCUGUCUGUGGCUUGACUCUUCUCCAUAUUGCCAUGCUAAAUAUACAUGAAAAUUAGGGGAGAAUGCUAGUUAAUUAGAUAGAAAUUGGCAUUUAUUGCUGGAAUUGAAGCUUAGAGUACAAAGGUGUGAACAAAUGAAAUUUAUUUUCUCAAAAUUUUAAGAAUUUACUCUUUCUUCUUUCUCAUUAGAGGAGCAUGCCAUCUAGAGCAUAAUUUUCCUUGGAAAUGCCAGAGGCUUAUUUCAUAGACAUCCCUUACCUAUGGCCACGUUCAACAGAUGAUAUUAUGGGGCUUUCCAUAGCUAAUAUGAUAGCUCCUUGACUAAGAUGCCUUUUGAAAUUAGGGUUCCAAACAGAUCUCUAGGCUUGUGUUGGGUGUUUCAAAUUAUUACAAAUUUUAGAUAACCCUUUGGGGCUUUUAAUACUAAAAUUAUCAAUCUAUUAUUUCAGCAAAUGACUUGUGGGCAUUAUACUCAAGGCAAUUGCCAAACAAUUUACAACCUUUUUAAUAAAAAGAUGCUGUGUAUUGUGGAUCUACUUAUGGACAAAGUUAUCUUAGUGUUCUCCUUUAUACCUCAUUCUCCAUUUCAAUGAUUAAAUAUAAUCUUUGAAUUGUUCAAUUUCAUUUGAAAAUGGUAGGAUUUGUGGUUAUUUUCGUUAUCCCAUUGGAUUUAAGGUAAAGAGGCUGGGAUGACACAGGUUUUCUUGAAUAACUAUGAAGCCUCGUUCAGUAUAUCAAAUGGUAAUCUGAGUUCCAAGAGACCUUAAGUGAUUUAUCAUCCUGCAAAUACUCUUAUAAACAAUAAUUUUUAUUUGUAUUUUUAGAAAUGAAAGCUCUUGACUUAAAUAUGGAAAAAAUAUUUAUUAACUAAAAAGCUAACGAUAACGUUUUCUAUUUUUGGAAGACAUUUCAAAGCCUUUUUUCUUUUUUAGUAAGUGCUAAUAUAAACGUCCAAUAGAAUAGAACUUACUCUAAUACAAAUGCAUACAAGUUUUUAUUUAUUAUUGACAUAGUCAUCUGCAUUUCCCUAUAGGAAGCCUCUAUUUGUGCAUGCUUUUAAAAGUGGAUUUCAUCAGGGCCAGCCCAGUGGUACGGUGGUUAAAUUGAUGUGCUCUGCUUCGGAGGCCCAGGGUUUGCAGGUCCAGAUCCUGAGCACAGACGUUGCACCGCUCGUCAAGCCAC